AUGGAGUUUUCAGUGAACCACACUCAAGGCAUCGACCAUUUCGAAGACAUAGGGCCGUGCGUGAUCAUGGCGUCGCCCGGCAUGAUGCAGUCGGGGCUGUCGCGCGAGCUGUUCGAGUCCUGGUGCACGGACCCUAAGAACGGGGUUAUUAUUGCCGGGUAUUGCGUGGAAGGCACCCUGGCGAAGACAAUUCUGUCAGAACCUGAGGAGAUAACAUCGAUGUCGGGGCAGAAGCUGCCGUUGAAGAUGUCGGUGGACUACAUAUCCUUCAGCGCGCACACCGACUACCAGCAGACCUCCGAGUUCAUCAACAUAUUGAAACCUCCGCAUGUCGUGCUGGUGCACGGCGAGCAGAACGAGAUGUCGCGGCUGAAGGCGGCGCUGCAGCGCGAGCACCGCGCGCGCCUCGCCGUGCACACGCCGCGCAACACGCAGCUGCUCGCGCUCACCUUCCGCGGCGACAAGACCGCCAAGGUGAUGGGGUCGCUGGCGGAGGAGCCGCCGGUGGCGGGCAAGCAGCUGCAGGGCAUCCUCGUCAAGCGCAACUUCAACUACCACAUCCUCGCGCCCGCUGACCUUAACAAGUACACGGAGCUGUCGGCGUCUACGGUGCAGCAGCGCGUGUCGCUGCCGUACGCGGGCGGCGCGGCGGCGCUGCGGCACGCCGUGCUGCGCGUGUGCGGCGCCGCGGUCUUCCUCAGCGAGGCGCGCUGGCGCCUCUACGGCUGCCUCGACCUGCUCGUCGACCUGCCCGUCGUCACGCUCGAGUGGCAGGCGCAGCCCGUGACGGACAUGUACGCGGACGCGGUGGCGGCGGCGGUGCUGGCGGCCGCGCCCGCCGCCGCGCCGCCGCCGCUCGCGCCCAAGCUCGACCGCAUGCACUUCAAGGAGUGCGUGAUCGAGAUGUUCCAGGAGAUGUUCGGGGAGGACGCGGUGCCCAAGAUGUUCAAGGGCGACAAGCUGCACGUGGCCGUGGCCGGCCGCCGCGCGCACAUCGACCUGCUCUCCAUGGAGGUGUCGUGCCCCGAGGACGAGGGGCUGGAGCGCACGGUGCAGGCCGCGCUCAGCAAGCUGUACUCCGCCCUCGCGCCCGUCAAGGCGCCGCCCCCGCCUAUCCCGCCCACCGCGCCGCCCAACCCGUCCACCGCGCCGCCCAGC